AUGGGCGGGGAACAGGAGGAAGAGCGCUUCGAUGGCAUGCUGCUGGCCAUGGCGCAGCAAUACGAGGGCGACAUGCAGGAGCUUGUGAACACCUUCUUCAGCUUUCUUCAAUGCAAAACAGACUUUUUCAUUGGAGGAGAUGACGGGAUGGCAGAGAAGCUCAUCAUACAGACAUUUAACCAACACAAACAGCUGACACAGAAGGCCCAGAGAGAGAAGCGACCUUGGCAGGAGACUGAGCGUCAGGAGAAGGCAGAGCGGGCAGCCAGGCUGGCCAAGGAGGCUAAGAUCGAGACCCUGGGGCAGCAGAUCAAGGAGCUGACUAAUAAGGAAGCAGAGAGACUGCAGCUGGAGAUCGACCAGAAAAAGGAUGCCCAGAAUCAUGAGGUCCAGUUCAAGAAUGGCAGCCUUGACUCACCAGGGAAGCAGGAUGCUGAUGAGGAGGACCAGGAGGAAGAUGAGAAGGACAAAGGGAAGCUGAAGGCCAACCUAGGCAAUGGAGCUGACCUGCCCAACCACCGCUGGACCCAGACCCUGUCGGAACUAGAUCUGGCAGUGCCCUUCUGGAUCAGCUUCUGGCUGAAGGGGAAGGACGUGGUGGUGGACAUUCAGCGGAGACACCUCCGGGUGGGUCUCAAAAGACACCCACCGAUGAUUGAUGGGGAACUGUACAAUGAGGUAAAGGUGGAGGAGAACUCAUGGCUCAUUGAGGAUGCUAAAGUGGUAACGGUGCACCUGGAGAAGAUCAAUAAGAUGGAAUGGUGGAACCGCUUGGUUACCAGUGACCCCGAAAUCAAUACCAAGAAGAUUAACCCUGAGAACUCCAAGCUGUCGGACCUGGACGGUGAGACUCGCAGCAUGGUGGAGAAAAUGACGUAUGACCAAAGACAGAAGUCCAUGGGCUUGCCCACCUCCGAUGAGCAGAAGAAACAGGAAAUCCUGAAGAAGUUCAUGGAUCAGCACCCAGAGAUGGAUUUCUCCAAAGCCAAAUUCAACUAGCUCCCGUGUUUGCCUUCCUGAACUCUUAAGACUGAGCUCCUAAACUUCCUUUCCCACCAUUUCCUGGGACCUGGGAA